AUGAUCGACGAGGAUGGUAAUGGAGACCCGUUCUGGGGAUCUGCCUGGAUGAGAGAUCAACAGAAGCUGGUUGGGGUUCUGAAUGAUGACGAUAUGGUCGCCUCCGUGGACCUGGGCGUAGCUUGGGGGCUGAUGGUAAAUAUGGUGCCCAGCGUUGUCAUGGCGCUGAUUGACCUUUUUGAGGACCAGAGCAUGCUGGACCGCGUACGCGAGGAGAUCCAGGCAACCUACGGACAGUGCCCAGCCGCUGAGUUCGACAUACGGCGCCUCUCAAGCAUGCCUCUUCUUCAUUUCCUCUACGCAGAAACUUUGAGAUUGCAUGUUUCUUCAUACUCCAUCGUGAGCGCCCCGGAUAACGAUGUUCCCCUUGGAAAGUGGCGCCUGCCCAAGGGCGGCUUGGUCUCAUCAGCCCCCAAAUCUGCCACAUGGAUCAAACCUUCUGGAAUACCCGCGGGAGACUUCAUCCCUUGCAAUCGUUUUGGGCGGAGAGAUUUAUCACGGAUCCUAAACUGCAACGGCAGCGACACCAAGCCAUACGUGUCAAUGGAGGGACUCGAGGGUCUUGGAUCCCUUAUUCAGGGGGCCAACUUAUCUGCCCAGGUCGUUUUCUGGCGCAGAAGGUGA